UAUUAAUUGUGCACUGAUAAUAAUAUAUAUUCAGACAAAUAUGAGAUACAGGCUAGGAAUAUGCGUAGCGAUUUUACCUAUUAUCAUAUGCGGCGUAAUCUAUCAUAAGAAAAAAGGCUCAGUUUUGCCCGAAGUUGUGAGACAAGCUACUCAACAGCUAACCAAUAUGAUAAAAUACGCGUCGGUGGAAAACAGCGUUUUUAGCGACAGAAAACUUCUAAAUAAUUGGCCCAAGUGGACGAAAAAAAUGAUGAUGCAGCCUUGGAUGGAUUCAGAGAACAAAAACAGCACAGAUGAAAUAAAAGGUGAACAAAAGAGACUUCCAACGGUGAUUGGUAUCGGCGUCCGCAAAUGUGGAACGACCGCAUUCCAUAACUUUAUGCGCAUCCAUCCACAAUUUAAACCUGCAGAAGGCGAAGUUCAUUUCUUCGACUCGGACUUCUAUGAUGAAGGAAAGGAGGCUUACAGCUUCAAAAUUCGAUUUGCUGACGUCGUGUUUUCUUCUAUCUAUCUAUGUGCGUUGUGUGUGCCGAGCAGAAUCAUGAUAUGCUACCAAAGCCAAAAUAAUUAUCAUUCUCUGCGAUCCGGUAUUACGAGCGUUCUCGGACUUCUUUUUCCUAAAACGGCAGAAAGACCUUACAGACGUAAAUGGGUCAGCAAGUUUAAAAGCUUCGACUCUCAUAUCAAUUCAGCGAUUAACGACAUUUUGAAAAUCCAAGAAAACCCGCUGAAAACACUCGGGUACGGCACUUUCGAGUCUUUUGUUCGAAAUUCGUGGAACGAAAGAACAUUUCAACUUACAAUUCUAACACACGGGAUGUAUUACUACCACUUGAAGACGUGGUUCAAUUUUUUUCCUCCUUCGCAAAUCCACAUUGUCGACGGAGAGAAUUUAAUCAAAAAUCCAGUCUACGAACUCAAAAAAGUAGAACAAUUCCUAGGUAUCAGUGACGUCAUAAACGACAAAUUGUUCCGUUAUGAUAGCACAAAAGGCUUUUAUUGCCUCACAGAAGGCGAAUGCCUCGGAAAACAUAAAGGUGUUUCAAGGCAAGCUGGUGGUCCAGAGAUGUCUGAAGAAGAUAAACAUAAAUUGAGUUUGUUUUUUAAGCCGUUUAAUCAAAGAUUGUUUGAGCUAUUAGACAAUAAAUUUGAUUGGACGUGA